GAAGUAGGGAUUAUGUGUGAUUCCUGUGAUGGCAGAGGAUGGCUGCUUUGCGACUUCUGCGAAGGUAAGAAGACCUAUGUGAAGGCUGAGAAUAACCGAAUUUAUCGUCGCUGCCCAACUUGUAGAGCUAUUGGCUACAUUCUGUGUGCAAAAUGCAAGGUCUUCAAGUGCAUUACCUUUCCAGACUACAGUGAUGGUGAGCUCUGACCAUCGGACAAGAUGAAUUUGUUCUCUUUUUCCUUCUUUCCCCUGCUUUUCUGUGAUCAAGUGCAAGAUAUAAAGGAGUAAACCCUGAUUAAUGUAUUUCAUCAAAUGUUAGAGUUGCUUAAUCUAUUCAUUCUAUUGAUAAACUGGAGCAUAACCUACAUGCACAACUGGAAUAUACUGAACAAAGUGUAGAAGGCUAUCAGAUGCCCCACUAUUGUCUCAAUAGUCUCUUGUCUAGUUGCCAGUUCUAAACCACUACAUAGAUAUGAGGUACUUUAAUGCAUCAUAUUGUUCCUAAGGGAUUUUUCUGCUCUAUAUUGAAUUUCUAAGUUGUUAUACAUUUUUCUGAA